UUAUCACGCGUAGAACAACGGAUUUUAACAUCAUUUAACGGUCGAAUUAUUUCCCACAAUUACAAGCUCGUCUGUGUCGAGGUUGAUUUGAUAACCAACAUACCUAUGGCGCGGCUUUUACCGCGCUUGGUCGCCAAUUUUGGACGUUAUUUGACGGGAAGAAGUGCCAACUUUCAUACUCGAAACCACAAGUUAUUUCCAGGCACCACUGGGCCAGUGAGUUGUUGUGCGGUAUGCAGCCCGGAAGCCCCGGGGGGAAUUGUGAGCAAUGGACGGCAGGGCUUCCAUACUUCAUCACGGCGCUUACACGAAGAAUUUGAACAGGAUGAAGGCGCUCUUGUUCCUGACAAAAAAGACAGCGGUCUGGUGAGCCUUGAGGAUCUUGUGUUUCGCAUCCUGAAAAAUGAAGACGAUAAGGUGGCAAUACGGGAUUUUUUCUCAGUGUUAGCGUCUAAGGGGCUGAGACAGCAGGACCCUCGUCUGAAGGAGUCAGUGGAUAAGAUCACGCAGCAAGUCAUGAAGUUGUACCCAAACAACAUCGGAGAAAGUGUACUGGCUAAAGAGGACUUUGAAAAAUGCAUAUCAGAGAAUAUUGUACUGAUAGGCCGAGCUCUUCGCAACAUGUUCAUUGUGCCAGAUUUUCAGGAUUUUACUGCUGAAGUAGACCAAUUAUAUGAGAAGAUUAAAUUAAAUACCGACGGGAAGUUAGCAACGUACAUACCUCAACUAGCGCGACAAAACCCCGAUCACUGGGGCGUGUCACUCUGCACCAUCGACGGUCAGCGCCACUCCAUCGGUGACACCAAUAUACCCUUCUCGUUACAGUCUUGUAGCAAAGCACCCAUCUACGCUGAGGUUCUGACUAAGCAUGGUGCUGAUUACGUUCACAGGUUUGUUGGGCACGAACCCAGCGGCCGUACCUUCAAUGAUCUUUGCCUUAACGAUAAUAAUAAACCUCACAACCCUAUGAACAAUUCAGGUGCAAUAUUGGUGUUAUCACUGCUCAAUCAUGCUAACAACAUGGCGGACCGGUUUGAUAACAUUAUGCAGAGAUUCAAGGAAAUGGCAGGAGGUGAAUUUGUUGGAUUCAGCAACGCAACAUUUUUAUCCGAAAAGGAAUCUGGCAACCGCAACUACGCCUUGACCUAUCUGCUGCAGGAGUAUGGGUGCUUUCCAGAGGGAGUAAAUCCAAUGGAGACACUGGAUCUUUACUUCCAGGUGUGUUCGUUGGAAGUGACGUGUGAGUCUGGAAGUGUCAUAGCAGCCACUUUGGCCAACGGUGGCAUUUGUCCAAUGACGGGAAAGAAGGUGUUUGACUCUGCAGCGGUGCGCGACGCAUUGACUGUUAUGUCAUCAUGUGGGAUGUACGACCACUCAGGACAGUUUGCUUUUAAAGUUGGUAUGCCAGCAAAGUCUGGUGUGGCAGGUGGUAUCAUGGUGGUAGUACCGAACGUUAUGGGCUUCAUGCUGUGGUCACCCCCAUUAGACAGGUUCGGCAACAGUUUACGAGGUCUCAACUUCUGUGAUGAUCUCAUCAGUAUCUACAACUUCCACAACCAUGAUGACCUUCUCCAUGCUUCUUCUAAGAAACGAGACCCAAGACGACAAAAACGUGAAAGCAAGGCAUCACGUGUGGUGAAGCUUUUCUUCGCUGCGUACAACGGCGACGUUAGCGUCUUGAGACAGUACCUACUUCAAGGUGAAGACAUGGAGCAGAGGGAUUACGCUAUGAGAACGGCGCUUCACGUCGGUGCUUCACAGGGACAUGUUGAAGUUGUGCGAUUCCUUUUGGAAAGGUGUAGCGUUCAGGUCAGCCCAAAAGACAAAUGGGACCGCACCCCUCUUGACGAUGCCGAGAAAUUUGGUCACACUGAAGUCGCCGAGAUACUACGAGACUCAGAUCUGUACAAAGAUGUCUGAUCGCCCUAAUCAAUGGGAGAGGUUAGAAUUGGACAAAUCCUAGUGGGUGAUGCAAUAGUGUGAUGGAGGGGGUGGGGAUGGACUUUGAAUUUCCUAAUUUGAGAAUCAAGUUUGAUACCUGGGCCCAUUUUCAUAGAGCUGCCUUAAGCAGACAAAAUUGCUGAACAAUUUUCUGCUUAGCUAAGUCUUGGUGGGAAGUGUAUUUUAUUUUUCAAAUAAUAAACAAACUAUGAGCAAGUUCGAGUGCACACACUGACACACUCACUCAAAAUGACUCGUUUGGAAACCUACUCAACCAUCGGUACCACGGUAUUCAACACUCCAUUUUUGCUAUAGUGCGAUUGUUUCCCCACUGCGCUUUACACAUGUUGGCAUGGAACAUACUGUUGGCACCAGUGAAGAAACCAUGGUCAUGAGGCUGGUUCCAAAUGGUCGACCACAGUAGUCAUCCAAUGGUCGACCAGCCUGGGUCCGAGUCAAAAUGGUCAAUAGUUAACCAUGGUGCCAACAAUUCAAUUUUUUCUACACGCUCACUUAUGUCUUUAGUCUUAAAGAAUGUUUUUGUUUUUGUUUUUUAUAACUGUGUUCGUGUCAUAAAAAAC